CGAAAGGUAUUUUUUUACACGACGUGUUUUGUUGUCGAAAAUGAAAAAUGACAUCCGGACUAGAAAAGAAGAAGAAGAACAAAAACAAUUGGUUAGCUUUACGUUUAAAAGGACGUUUGAUAGUAUUGUGGAGCGAUGAAUGAGCUAACUAAGUUGGAGCACCUAUCGCUGGUGUCGAAAAUCUGCACUGAACUCGACAAUCAUUUGGGGCUCAAUGAUAAGGACCUUGCAGAAUUUAUCAUUGACCUCGCAGAAAAGAAUCCCUCUUUUCCCAAAUUCAAAGCAGUUCUCCUGGAAAAUGGUGCAGAAUUCUCCGAUUCAUUCAUAACAAACCUCCUGCGAAUUAUUCAGCUCAUGAAACCCGUCUCGGGCUCUUCAAAGGCAUCGGAUUUUGAAGUUGACGACAAGAAGGGGAACCUUUCCACCAAAUUCCCUGGCUUGGCAAUCCCCAAUAAGGAUCAGAAGGAAAUGAUGAAGAUGGAUGCGAAGGAGGAAGUUGAUGAGAAGAAAGUGAAGACAAAGCACAUGAAGGAAGUUGAUGAUGUUUUCUCCGCCUUCGAAGCUGCAGCUCCGUCGUUGAGUUUGAAGAAAGAUGAGGAUAGGAAGCGCAGGAGGAGUCGAUCAAAGUCCCGAGAAAAGCGGAAGGAUGAAAGGAGAAGAGAUGAAAGAAGUCGAGGAGAGCAUUCCCGAUCACGUCAUCGAGAUCGAAGAAGCAGAAGUCGAUCGAAUGAUAGGCACAGACGAAGAAGUCGUUCACGUGAGCGUAGAAGUCGUUCUCGUGAGCGUAGAAGUCGUUCUCGUGAACGUCGAAGGCACAGAAGUUACUCACGGGAGAAGCAUCAAUCCCCCCUGCAGGAUGAUCCAGAACCAGGCAAAAUAUAUUCCGGAAAAGUUGCCAAUAUCGUGCAAUUUGGAUGUUUUGUGCAGAUUCUGGGACUGAGGAAGCGUUGGGAAGGUCUCGUGCACAUAUCCCAGUUGCGGGCUGAAGGACGCGUAACUAAUGUAUCGGAUGUCGUGUCCCGCGGAUCAAAUGUGAAGGUUAAAGUCAUUUCAAUUACCGGACAGAAGGUAUCCCUUUCAAUGCGAGAUGUAGAUCAGGAAACGGGAAGGGACCUCAACCCAUCAUCACAUGCUCAUCUCUUGGCUGAAAAUGACCUGCGAAAUCGCAAUCCUGAUCGUCCAAUUGGUGGAACAUCAAUGCUACACCUGCAGGGGAAUCUAGACAAUGACGAACAGGAUGUGGUUAGGAAGAAAGUCACGAGAAUCUCAAGUCCAGAACGCUGGGAGAUAAAGCAGAUGAUCUCUUCGGGUGUGAUAGAUCGCAGUGAACUUCCGGACUUUGAUGAGGAAACGGGACUGCUGCCAAAGGAGGAAAAUGACGAGGCGGAUAUUGAGAUUGAAAUUGUGGAGGAAGAACCACCAUUCCUUGCUGGUCAUGGACGUGCAUUGCAUGAUUUGUCUCCCGUGCGAAUUGUGAAGAAUCCCGAUGGAUCACUCGCGCAAGCAGCUAUGAUGCAAUCUGCUCUGGCUAAGGAACGACGAGAGCAGAAGAUGCUACAACGUGAACAGGAGAUGGAUUCCAUUCCAGCUAGCUUAAAUAAAAAUUGGAUUGAUCCCCUUCCGGAGGAGGACAGUCGUGCCUUAGCUGCUAAUGUUAGGGGCAUCGGAAUGACGGCUCAGGAAGUUCCGGAAUGGAAGAAGCACGUUAUUGGUGGGAAGAAGUCUUCAUUUGGCAAGAAAACUGACAUGACGCUCAUUGAGCAGCGUCAGAGCCUCCCGAUCUUUAAGCUCAGAGAAGAUCUCAUCAAAGCUGUGAAUGAUAAUCAAAUUCUCAUCGUCAUUGGGGAGACUGGAAGUGGGAAGACAACACAAAUUACGCAGUACCUGUGUGAGAGUGGCUUCAGUGCUCGUGGGAAGAUUGGAUGCACACAGCCUAGGCGUGUGGCUGCAAUGUCAGUUGCAAAGCGCGUAGCGGAGGAGUUUGGUUGCCGUAUGGGACAGGAAGUUGGUUACACCAUUCGUUUUGAAGAUUGCACAAGCCCCGAAACGAUCAUCAAGUACAUGACUGAUGGGAUGUUGCUCCGGGAAUGCCUGAUGGAUCUAGAUCUCAAGUCCUAUUCUGUAAUUAUGCUGGACGAGGCUCACGAGCGAACAAUUCAUACGGAUGUCCUGUUUGGGCUACUAAAGCAAGCAGUUCAGAAACGUCCUGAAUUAAAGCUUAUUGUGACAUCAGCUACACUGGAUGCCGUCAAAUUCUCCCAAUAUUUCUUCGAGGCACCAAUCUUCACCAUACCUGGUCGUACCUUUGCCGUGGAGGUGCUCUAUACGAAGGAACCAGAAACAGACUAUCUCGACGCUUCCCUCAUCACAGUGAUGCAAAUCCACCUGAGAGAACCACCAGGAGAUAUUUUGCUUUUCCUCACUGGUCAGGAGGAGAUUGACACCGCGUGUGAGAUUCUCUAUGAAAGGAUGAAGAGCCUUGGACCAGAUGUCCCAGAACUGAUAAUCCUACCAGUUUACUCAGCCCUUCCAUCCGAGAUGCAAACGCGGAUCUUUGAACCUGCACCAGCAGGAAGUAGAAAGGUGGUUAUUGCAACGAAUAUUGCUGAAACAUCCUUGACAAUUGAUGGGAUCUACUAUGUUGUUGAUCCGGGAUUUGUUAAGCAAAAGGUCUACAAUUCCAAGACUGGAAUGGAUUCUCUGGUUGUCAUGCCAAUUUCACAAGCCGCCGCCAAGCAGAGAGCUGGACGAGCGGGUCGAACAGGCCCAGGAAAGUGCUACAGACUCUACACAGAACGUGCGUAUCGGGAUGAAAUGCUUCCAACCCCGGUGCCGGAGAUUCAGCGUACAAAUCUCGCAACAACUGUCCUCCAACUCAAAACAAUGGGCAUCAAUGAUCUUCUUCAUUUUGACUUCAUGGAUGCUCCACCCGUGGAAUCCCUCGUUAUGGCAUUGGAACAGCUUCAUUCCCUUUCUGCCCUCGAUGACGAGGGGCUUCUGACACGCCUGGGACGUCGUAUGGCGGAAUUCCCACUGGAGCCUAAUUUAUCGAAAAUGUUGAUCAUGUCUGUGGCUCUCAAUUGUUCAGACGAAGUUCUCACAAUUGUCUCCAUGCUGAGCGUACAGAAUGUCUUCUACCGGCCCAAGGAUAAACAAUCCCUGGCUGAUCAGAAGAAGGCCAAAUUCAAUCAAGCAGAAGGUGAUCAUCUGACCCUUCUGGCGGUUUACAACAGUUGGAAGAAUAAUAAAUUCUCCAAUGCCUGGUGUUAUGAGAACUUUGUCCAAAUUCGUACACUCAAACGUGCUCAGGAUGUACGGAAACAACUUCUUGGUAUAAUGGACAGGCAUAAAUUGGAUGUUGUUUCUGCUGGUAAGAAUACAGUUCGUAUCCAGAAGGCUAUAUGCUCGGGGUUCUUCAGGAAUGCCGCUAAGAAGGAUCCCCAGGAGGGAUAUAGAACUCUCGUUGACUCCCAAGUUGUCUACAUUCAUCCCUCUUCAGCACUCUUCAAUCGACAACCUGAAUGGGUCGUCUAUCAUGAACUCGUUCAGACUACCAAGGAGUACAUGCGUGAGGUGACAACCAUCGAUCCAAAGUGGCUGGUGGAAUUCGCUCCGUCAUUCUUCCGUUUCUCCGACCCAACGAAGCUUAGCAAAUUCAAGAAGAAUCAACGCCUGGAGCCACUUUACAAUAAGUACGAGGAACCAAAUGCAUGGAGAAUUUCACGAGUACGCCGACGAAGGAAUUAAAUUAAUAUAAUAAAUUUUAUCUGAAUGGCAUAAAAA